AUGCUGUUCUCGCUUUUGGAGCACCUGGUCGGUGUUCCAUCGCGACAGGAGCCUGGCACAGACACUGCCGCCAGCUGUCUCCAGCGCAUUCCCAUCGAGGUCCAUCGUUUGAUCAUUGAGCACUUGGGCCGCGAUGACUUCGCCGCAUAUCUCUGCGUCUGCCGUGCGUGGCGUCGUGCCGGUCUCAGCGACGACGUGUGGCCGCAGUUUGCGCAUCGAUGCCUGCCGGGCUUGGUGCAACACGUUCAAUUCGAGGCACAGAAGGACAAGUCAGUCACGCAAAGCCAUAUCUUCAGGCGUGCCCUGAUGAAGAUAUGUCGCCGCGUGCAUGGUCGAUUUAUCACUGCACGCGAGCAUGAGCUGAGGCUUGGCUCGGAGGGCUAUUUUAUUCUCGACACGAGUUUACCCAUCAGUGGCGGCGGUGUCCACUCGUAUGAUGCCUUCCUGAAUACGAAAGCCUCAAACAAGCUGAGAGCUGAGCAUGAGAGUUUGAUUCUUCCACCAGCCAAUGCCGACCAUGAGAGCAGAAAGAAGAUUCUGUGGUAUGCUCACGGCCGCAUCGCAUGGACCUCGUCCAUCACAGAACGACCGCUUCUUGUGGUCAUUGAUGACCUGAGGACGAGAACCCGGAGGGCCUAUGCAUUCCCAUAUCCUCAGGCGCCCGAGGCUCAAUACGAAACGGCGCUCGGGAGCCAGUUGUUUGUCAUGUCCAGUGGUCGCAAGAUGUGCAUUUGGCACCUGGAGCGCAGUGUGUGCGUCUCCGUUACUCUUCCGAUGCCAUUGAUUCGUUGCGUCACCGAGGGUGAACGAGUGCUUGCUGUCACGACCAAUGCCCGCGUGUUCGUAUGGAGUUCCGGAUCGGGUCUACAGACCAUAGAUAUGUCGAGCGUCGCUGCCUACAAGCAAGGCGAACUAGAAAAGUGUUAUUACGGCCACUUCAAACACAGGGACCUCGACCCGCCGUUGCAGACAGCCCUUUGUUACAAGGGAAGGACAGACCCCAUGUAUGCGGGCGCCCCCCGCCGUCACUUGGACUACGUUGAUAAUUUCGACUUCAUCGUGCACCCUCAAGACAGCAGUGCCAUUUUCGUCGCAAGCUUUUUUGAAACGACCCUAAUCGUACAAGAGUUCAGUGCCGGAUCAUGGAAGACGUAUCGGAGCCCCGUCGAGAUCAAUGUAUCGCACCCAUACUUGCGUUAUAUAUCACUGCGAAAGGCCAGCUCUCAUGGCGAUUACGUACUGUGUGAAACAGUGUUGAGAGAGGCAUGGAUCAAUGAUCGGGAAGCCCGUGAAUUCGGGGUGUGCUGUCGGCGAUCCAGCCGGGAUAUUGAGAUAUCGGUAUCUUUCAACCUCUACACCAAAGCGUUCCGCAUUGCCCGUCACCACUUCCGUGGCCACAACCGCAUCGACUCGGCUCCGGUAGGAGAGAAGGACUACAGCCUCUGGAACCAGCAGCUACUGCAUCUUACCUAUUCUGACCGCGGCUAUAACGUUUUAGCCAUAGGUGGAUGCAAGCAGGAUCUGGACUAUCCAAGUACACAGCGGCCAGUUCAGUCACUGAGCCAGCUCCCUGUCCAUACGGCUGUAUGCACAUGGUUGCACGCUUCGGGUCCCAUGAGACGCCAAACCAUCGCCGCGGUUGACGCUCAUGCCAUACCUUGGGCUGACGACGAGGACCUGGCCCAGGGUUCGUACCAUCAGGACGUCGCAUUUUGCCUAGACUUGUCUAGGAUGGGCCCACCGCAAUACUUUUGGCAGAAAGACGUCUCGUCAAAGAACAGGCUGGAGGUAAUUGACAAUGCGUAUAACAAGAAAUACUUGCUUGGGGAUGAUGAAUUCCUCGUGUUCAUGAGGGGCGGCAAUUCAUAUACGGUGUUUCAAUUCGACCACAAUGUGUACACUUGA